ACCGAAUCGCCGUGUGCUAUCACAAGCAAAAAAUAGGUCAUCCAGGAUGACUCGUUGGUUCUUACAGGCCAGACAAGACGGGGAGAGGCCGCCACUUUUCCUCUCUUGGGACACUUACUUCUGCAGAAUGAGCUUGGUCUGGACCAUCGGUGUCCGUGUCCGUGUUAGAUAUCAGGCUUGUCCUUGGUCAGGCCUAGUUUAGAACCCAGGAACUCCCUGUUGUGCCUAUCCGGCUUUGAGAGCCGAUUCGCCACUGUCAGGUAGUGUAGGAAUGACUGAUUCCCCAGAGCACCACUGCAUUAAUCCCAGCAAAUAACUGCAAACGCUGUCCUUUGGCAGAGGAGCAAGUGCAUCUGGAUAAUCAGAUCACAGUUUGAUCAUCAGGAUAUUACUCACACUUAUUCAUGGUUACGGCAUCUUGGUCCUCAUUCGCUUAGACAUCGAAUCUUCUCCAGCCCGCAAAAGCUUGUUUACCGAAAGCGGACUAGUCUAUGAGCCUUCUAACAGCCAGGUGUCGAGACCAAUUCCGAACUUGACACUAUUGGCGAUCGCAUUCACAUCGAUCUCAAUCCGACGGAACAACAUCUCCAGACACAGUACAAACACACGACGAAUACUCCCACCCGACCAUCAUCCAUUAUGGCCGAACAAGCCCUUGAUCAAAUCCGAGACCUCGUCGAUGGCCAAAUUGACUUUGAAGGACAGAAGCUGGCCGAGCUCCUUGCUACAGUUCUCCUUGUCAUUUCUGGCCUGAUCUCCUUCGUUGUCGGCUACAUCCUCCAAGAUAUCAAGCUCGCGGUCUACCUAGGUCUAGGAGGCACGGCGUUAACCUUCCUUGUCGUGGUGCCGGCCUGGCCCUUUUACAACAAACAUCCAGUCAAGUGGCUUCCAGCGGGUUACGCAUACGAUCUUGCAAGCAAAGGAAAUCAAUAGAUUGUGUACGGUGUACUGGGCCUCGCUGUGUCAUGACCUCUGCAGCCCCUCGAGGCUGAUUAUGACACCCAAAUAAUACUGUUUCCUUGCAGAUGUCUUGUUCUUUUCUUCAUAAUCCAUCACAUUCGGACAUCGACCGCAUUCUCUUUAUCGGCCGUACUUCUGAAACUCCCAGUCCCUAUUGUCCAAUGGACAAACAGAUCGGGCCUUGAGCCAUCUCGAAAUGCAGUGAAAGUGGAACGCAUGCUGUCUCUGUUAGCCGAAUGACACGAAAAGAAAGGGUGCGUAGCAGUCUUACGUUGCAUAUUCCCCAAGCCACGGUGCAUUCUUCGCUUGUAGCGGAUGCUUGGUUUGCCUGGCAUUCGAUGCCUGAUGAUUUGUGAGCACUUUGUGAUAUACAUCCAAUAAGAAGCCGAGUAAACGUACAUAGAUCCAUGAUAUGGUUUCGGCAGAUAGCACAGUUGUCAACAACGAUGUCCCAUGCCCAGAGAGCGACCGCAUUCCACUGUUCGUCUUCGGUCAGCAUGACUCUGGGAGGCUCACAACUGGCAAGUCUGUACCUUCUUGACCUCGAAUUUCUUCUUUCCCUCGACACUCUUGUUGCCGGAGGCCUCGCCCUUCUUAGCGACGGGCGCAUCGCUCAUCUCAACGUCGGCCAUGUUUCGCACUCGGCUGGUCAACCCGGAAGACC